AUGCUAUGCUGCACGCGCUACUCGCUCCAGCUCCUCCAACCCCAUCCCUCCUUCCCCGGUGGCGCCACCUGCUCUUACUCAUGCUCGUGCUCCCCGCCUUCUUCCUCCUCCGGCAACCAGCACCAGAGGCUCCAUCCGCCAGCCGCCCUGUCCCCAGCUACUUCCCGCUCCACCCCGCCACUCACCCGCGCGCCCGACCAUGACGAAGAUGGCGCCUCCGAUGACGCCCUCCUGGCGCUCCUCCGCGCCCAUGACACCGAUGCCGCCUACGGCCUCUUCUCCUCGAAGCCUUCUGCCCUCCCUUCCUCCCCCACCACGGCCUCUCGCCUCCUCGCGCAGCUCUCCUUCAAUUCCAACGGCCCCGAUACGUUCUCCCGCGCCGCCCGCCUCCUCCAGAGCCUCCGCGCCCGCGGCGCCCUCGACCUCCUCGACGCCAACUCCCUCUCCCUCACGGCCGCGGCCGCAGCCCGCUCCCGCGACGCCCGCCUCGCCCACUCCCUCCUCCUCUACAUGCUUCGUCAGGGCCUCCUCCCCGACCGACGCGCGUACACCACCGCCGUCGCCCGCCUCACUCCGCCCACCAAGGUGCUCUGCCUCUUCGACGCCAUCCUCCGCCACCUCUGCCGUGCGCCACUAGAGCUCGUCUACCCCUCCUGCCUCCCCGACGCGGCCGCAUUCAACGCAGCGCUCAGCGCCUGCGCCGACGCCGGGGACUGCCGCCGAUUCCGGCAGCUGUUCGACGCAAUGAGCGAAUGGAGCGCCGCCGCCGAUGCGCUCACCUACAACGUCGUCAUCAAGAUGUGCGCGCGCGCCGGCCGAAAGGACCUCGUCGCGCGCGUGCUUGAGCGCAUGCUCUCCUCUGGCCUCGCCCCCUGCGCCACCACUUUCCACUCCCUCGUCGCCUCAUUCGUCGGCUUCGGUGACAUCACCACGGCGGAGAGGAUCGUGCAGGCGAUGCGGGAAGAGCGCAAAGACAUAUGCUCACUGCUCAGGGCUGUCGCUAUGGAUUGCGACGGUGCGACUGACGUCGAGGAGGGUGCCGCGCUGCUGGACGACAUUGUUGCCGGGGCCAAACAGGGACAGGGCUCAGAUGAGGUGCCGCUGCUCCCCAAGGCUUAUCCGCCCAACGCCAGGGUGUACACCACGCUCAUGAAGGGAUACAUGAACGCAGGCCGCGUCGACGAUGUCGUGGCCGUGCUGCGCGCGAUGCGACAAGAGGCGCAGACGGCACCCGCAAGCCGGCCGGACCAUGUGACUUACACGACGGUGAUAUCAGCGCUUGUCGGUGCGGGCGAUGUGGCGCGCGCGCACGCCGUGCUGGACGAGAUGGCCGCGGCCGGAGUUCCAGCCAACCGUGUCACCUACAACGUCCUGCUCAAGGGGUACUGCCAGCAGCUGCAGAUCAGCAAGGCCAGGGAGCUCUUUGAGGAGAUGGUGACGGACGCCGGCAUCCAUCCCGGCGUGGUGACAUACAACACCCUCAUGGACGGGUGCGUGCUCAGCGACGACAGCGCGGGCGCGCUAGCUUUCUUCAACGAGAUGCGGUCACGGGGCAUCGCGCCGUCCACGGUGAGCUACACGACGCUGAUGAAGGCGUUCGCCGUGUCGGGCCAGCCCAAGGUGGCGCACAAGGUGUUCGAGGAGAUGGGGCGGGACCCCAGGGUGACGGUGGACAGGGCGGCGUGGAACAUGCUGGUGGAGGGGUACUGCCGGCUGGGGCUGGUGGAGACGGCGAAGCAGGUGGUGGAGAAGAUGAAGGAGCGCGGCGUGCAGCCGGACGUGGCGACGUACGGCAGCCUAGCGAAGGGCAUCGCGAUGGCGCGCAAACCAGGGGAGGCGCUGGUGCUCUGGAACGAGGUGAAGGAGCGGUGCCUGGAGGAGGCCGACGAGGAGCUGCUGGGGGCGCUGGCGGACGUGUGCGUGAGGGCGGCCUUCUUCAAGAAGGCGCUGGAGAUCGUGGCGUGCAUGGAGGAGAAGGGCAUCGCGCCCAACAAGACCAAGUACAAGAAGAUGUACAUCGAGAUGCACUCCAGGAUGUUCACCAGCAAGCACGCGUCGCAAGCGCGCCAGGACAGGCGCCGGGAGCGCAAGCGUGCCGCCGAGGCCUUCAAGUUCUGGCUCGGCCUGCCCAACUCCUACUAUGGCAGCGAGUGGCGGAUCGAGCCUCUGCUGGAUGGCGAUGACCAAAGCUGA